AUGACAUGUCGAAUGCCACUUCCCAUCCCUGCCAGACCGUGCGGAAUGGUGAAUCCAAAAAUUAAAAAGGAUUGCAACAAAGUUGUUGAUGUGGUCGACAUUGAAAAUAUAGCAGAGAAAGCAGUAUUUUGCCGUUGUUGGAGAAGUGAAAAUUGGCCAUACUGCGACGGUGCUCAUGGAAAACACAACAAAGAACAUUGUGAUAAUGUUGGACCCCUUGUUGUGGAGAGAAAGAAUAAAUAACUUUUUAGGACCGAAUAAAAAGUUAUACUGUAUUCCGAAUUACUUUCCGUAUUGGUACUAUUUUGCGGAAUUAAUUAUUCACACAUUUAGCACGAUAGAUGCCCUCAAUUGUUUGGGUUGAUAGAUUUGGUGAAUUGCAACCAAGCAUUUUAAAUAUUUUGGUUCGACGGUUAUUGUUAAUAAAAUUUAGCAAAUAUAUGAAUCUUUUUGUAAAUAAA